CUUAAACUCAAGUGCCAAACGCGCGGUUGAGUUUGUGUGUCUUGCAUGCAAGUAUCCCUAUGGUCGUGAAGCCUUGCCAAAUAUUCUUACGCAAGCUGACAUUGACAAAGCACGAAAACAAAAUUCAUAUUUUCAUCUUACAAGAGGUGGUCUCAGUUCGGAAGUCGGUCUAGGUUUUUGCACAGAAAAAAUUUUUUGUCGGUCUUAGUGCACUCGUUACCAAAUUUCAAGAGAAUGAGGGAUGAAAUUCCUGUAUCAAAGAGCAGUGGUAGAAGCAUACCGUACAAAGACUGGGCAACUACAGUGAAGGAUGCCAAAGCGCGUCAAAUUUCUGUUAGUUUACCGCCAAAUUUGAAGAACUACUUCGAGAAUGCUUUGAAGAAACCUACGAUCUUCGGCGGAGAUCCCGCUGAGGCCCAUGCGCGCCGGAAGUCUCAGAACGCCGGAAUGGAAAGGAGGACUAUUUUAAGUCACGUGAACAGAAACAAACCUCAUCCAAGGAUAUUCUUUCCGUUUCAAACUGGUGAUAGGCUUCAAACAUACAUGGUUUGGAUACCAGAAGACCAAACUUCCAUUUGUUCUCUCCCACCCGUCCCUCAGAGACGUAUUGACCGCACCCCUCCCUCAAGAAAAUGCAAUUCAAGAAUGAACGGAAACUUUGGUCAAUUCAUCGGACUCAACCAGACCACUUAUCAAGAAGAAAUUUCACAGACACCUUUUCGGCAUAGACCUGUCAAUAUGGUGGAUCACUUCCCCUCAAGCAACAGUAACAAAACCACUUUACAUCGUUUGAAAGUCUGGUAAUAUCGUUGAUCCGACAGAUCAGAGGUCGCCUGGGUAUGAAAGUUACGAAGACAACAAUGAGACAGAGGAACUUUUAAAACACUGCUGGGGAUCGAUAUCGGUUCAGCAAAAUGGCGAACUUUCGACUUAUUUUUUUCUGUGUAAUUGGAAUACUUUUUUUCUGCGGUUAUUUGUAACAAUACGAAAUUUGUAAAUUUUCUUUGAGUGAUUUUCAGUUGAUUGCCGUGAAACCAAAACUAGUGCUAAAAUAAAAAAGAGAAACAGCCAAUCAGGGCACAGAAAAAUACCACAAGGAGCCAAUGAGAACUCAAUGUAAAAGCAAGCAAACUGUUUAAAGCUCGGUAGACCGCGAUUGACCAAGUCGGAUUAGUUUUAGAGGAUGGCGCGAGUCUCCUGGACCAAUAACAGAGCUAAGAAAAGGAAAAAAAAACAAUAAAAUUCCGGAUUACUUUCUAUA